CUCCAACUCAAUCUGGGCCUCUACAGUACCGUAAGAUUUCAUUAUUUCAGCGACAUUUGCGGCUUUGAGGUGUGCAACUUUCGCCUUUCAAAGGGACCAACUCCAAGCGCAUAAUAUACACCAUCUAUAUCCCUCAAAAUGUCGUUGAACGGCCCCAUCACAGAAUCGUUCCCGUCGCCCGGUAACCCCAAAUCGGCGACAGUCUCCUUCUCCAAGCACGGAUGGACGAUCAGCACGCGCAAGCUCCCAAUCUCCAAAUCCGACGCCAUCGACGCCAUGGCCGAGAAGCUGGGCAUCCCCGUGCCAGAGAUGAUCUUCGGCGACAACAUGGUGUCAGUAGAGAACGCGGAGAAGGGAUGGUGUCUCGAGUUUAACUCGUUCGAUGCAUUGGACCGGGUGGAUAAGACAGAUAAGACGAUGCUGAAGGUUGCAUACUCGCGAGAAUGGUCGGAGAGCAGGGAGAAAACACACGAGACUAUCAAAGAAGUCGUCAAGCCAUUCGACUGGUCGUACAGCACAGAUUACAAAGGCACUGUAGGCGGCGCAUCGCCUACUCCAUUCACGCCUGAGACGGAGCCGAUCCCGAUUGAGCUCUUGAAGCGCCCAGAUCCGAUAUUGCACUUUGAGGAGGUGGUGCUGUAUGAGAGCGAGCUGGACGACAAUGGGAUCUCGCUCUACUCGAUUAAGUUGAGGAUCAUGCCGGAGAGGAUGCUGAUUCUGGCGAGGAACUUUAUGAGGCUGGAUAAUGUGCUUGUGCGCAUCAGGGAUACGAGGGUCUACAUAGACUUUAAGUCCAAGAAGGUCACGAGGGAGUAUACGGCUAUGGAGGAGAAGUUUGAUGCGGUCAAAGAGGCCCUAUUAAAAACGAGGUUUCUCGACGACGUUAUAGUAGCAAUGCGCGAUCCGAACCAGAUGGCAAGUUACCUGAAGAAGGUUGACCACACCCUUGAGAGUGUUAAGCUCUCUUGAACCGAAAAGAGGGCAAAGGGGCAUAGGCGCGUUGAUAUAUGAAAGCGCGUCAGGAUAGAUUGCGGGCGUUUGAUAUCGUUGGCAUAUGCACGCAGUAUGGGUUACUGGAGAUUAGCUAGGCAUACCAUUAUUAGAAUAUUCACUAGUGGAAAUCAUGUGGAGUUCGAUAUGAGCCACCUCAGUUUUGGCUGCAGUUUACAGAAAUAAUAUCUGGCUGCAUUCGAGAUAUUUCGGUCCCAUGCGAAACUGUUCCGAGAAAUCAAACAUUC